UAGGUUAGGAAUCAUGAUGGUGAAGUUUCUGCUGCUGGCAUUGGCAUUUGGACUGGCCUAUGCUAAUGACUAUGCUCAGUUACAAGGAAAAUGGAAAACUGCUGCCAUCUUGGCUAAUAAUUUUGACAAGAUAGACAAAGGUGCUCCUCUGGAGCUCUUUGUUCGUGAAAUUACUUGUGAAGAGGAAUGUAAAAAAAUGAUAGUCAAAUUUUAUGUCAAGAAUAAUGGACAUUGCUCAUUGACCACAGUCACUGGGUAUCUGCAGGAAGAUGGNGAGACUUAUAAAAACCAGU